GCACUACAGUCCUAGCUCUCUCUCUCUCUAACUCUCUCUCUUGCUUUCCCCGUAAGCUCUCACUGCCACACAUUACUGAUCACACCCAGCAGUCGCAGCAGCGUUGCAGCAGCUGCAGCGAGCUCAGCCUUCGGACCAGAGGAAACAAAAGCAAAAACCUAAAGGAUUACCCAAAAAAAAAAAAAAAAAAAAAAAAAAAAAGAAAGAAAACAAAUCUCAGCAUUGAAAGUCCAAACUUUUGUUCUCAAUCUCCCCCACCCCCAAAGCUUUUGAUUUGAUUGGAUAGCCAACAAGGCAACAAACCCAAUUCACCCUCGUUUCCCAUACAAAGCGUGAAAGCAGUAGAAACAAACAGAAAAAAAAAAAACAAAAACAAAAACGAAAAAGAGGGGGGGCUUUUUCUCUUUUUGAGACUCCAAACUUCUUUUUUAGCAAUGCAAAGCCACAAUUGCUACCGUCUACCUCUUAAAAAUGCAGGCAUGAACCCCCCCCCCACUCGCUCUCUCUCUCUCUCUCCCUGUCUCUCUUUCGCACUCUUUUUCUCGUUUCCAAAAGCGCUUUUCUUCAGCUUCUGCUUUGGCUUUAUUGUUAUUUCACAGUUUAGGGGCUUUUGAUUUCAUGGGUCUGAUCGAUCUCAACACAACGGAGGACGACGAAACGCCGUCUUCCGGUUCCUCCGCUUCGUCAUGGUACUCUGCCUCUGCUCUGAGUGCUUCGGCCUUGGCUUCGGCUUCGUCGGUCUGCCUGGAGUUGUGGCACGCGUGUGCGGGCCCACUGAUUUCGCUUCCGAAGAAGAAUAGUGUCGUGGUGUACUUCCCGCAGGGACACUUGGAGCAGGUUCCGGAUUUUCCUCUUGCAGCCUAUGAUCUCCCUCCCCACGUGUUCUGUCGCGUUACUGAUGUCAAGCUACAUGCGGAGGAGGGCACCGAUGAGGUUUAUGCGCAGGUCGCACUGGUUCCUGAAAACGAGCAAUUCGAGCAUAAACUUCAAGAAGGGGAAAUCGAUGCAGAUGGGGAGGAAGACGAUGCUGAUGUAGCUGCAAAGUUGUCCACACCCCACAUGUUCUGUAAGACUCUUACUGCUUCUGAUACUAGCACACAUGGAGGCUUCUCUGUACCUCGUCGAGCUGCUGAGGACUGCUUCCCUGCCCUGGACUAUAAGCAACAGAGGCCUUCUCAAGAGCUUGUGGCGAAGGACCUACAUGGUUUGGAAUGGAGGUUUCGACAUAUCUACAGGGGGCAACCGCGAAGACAUUUGCUCACUACUGGGUGGAGUGGUUUUGUAAACAAGAAGAAGCUUGUCUCUGGAGAUGCCGUGCUCUUUCUUCGGGGUGAGGAUGGAGAAUUGCGACUGGGAAUCCGAAGAGCUGCUCAAGUUAAAGGUAGCGGCAGUUUUUCGGCUCUCUGUAGCCGUCAGAUGAAUCAUGGCUCUCUGAUGGAUGUGGUUAAUGCUAUAUCUACUAGAAGCACCUUCAACAUUUACUAUAAUCCAAGUAUAUCUAGUAGGGCCAGUUCAUCAGAAUUCAUAAUACCUCUCCGUAAGUUCUUGAAGAGCCUGCAACAUUCUUUUUCAGUUGGAAUGAGGUUCAAAAUGCGUUUUGAAGCAGAAGAUGCAGCUGAGAGAAGAUACACAGGGCUUGUAACUGGAAUAAGUGAUAUGGAUCCUGUUAGAUGGCCUGGUUCAAAAUGGAGAUGCCUACUGGUUAGGUGGGAUGAUGUGGAGACUAGGCAUAACAGGGUUUCUCCAUGGGAAAUUGAGCCAUCUAUUUCUCUUUCGGGUUCCACUAGCUUGAUGGCGCCUGGUUCAAAGAGGACCAGGAUUGGAUUUCCUUUAGGAAAAUUGGAAUUUCCAAUUCCCACAGAUGGGAUUGGAGCAUCAGACUUCGGGGAAUCUUUAAGCUUCCAGAAGGUCUUGCAAGGUCAAGAAAUUUUGGGUUUUACUCAUGAUGGUAUCGAUACUCAUAAUCUGCAGUAUCUGCGUACAUCUGAAACGAGGAGGUGUAUUCCUGGUUCAAAUGGUUCUGGGAUUGCUGCAAUAGGAGAUGGUGUUAGAAACCCAAUUGUGAACUCUGAUAUCUCCUAUAAAGGCAUGGGCUUUGGUGAAUCUUUGCGAUUCCAGAAGGUCUUGCAAGGUCAAGAAAUAUUUCCAAGCUUGCCAUAUGAAAGAGCCCCAUCAACUAAUGAGGCUCAUGGCAAUGGUGGCCUUGGAAUCCUUGAUGGUGUUCAAGUGAUGAGCUCGAGGAAUGGAUGGCCUGGGAUGAUGCGGGGCAAUAAUACAACUAUGUGCCCAUUUUCCCCACCUAUGCAAGCUUCAUCACCAUCCUCUGUCUUAAUGUUUCAGCAAGCAACUAAUCCAGUUUCAAACUUAGGUUCAAUGGAUAAGUUCAAUAGUCAUGAGGAUCAGAGAAUUAGUAACCGAAGUUUGUCUGUUUCUGAAAAAAUUGGUGGAAAGCUCACAUCAUCCUCACUAUAUGAGCAUAACUUCCGCAGGAAAGAUCAAGGAGGCACAAAUUCUUCCAGUUUCGAGCAUAAUCAACUGGUCUCUACACUCCCUCCUUUUGCAACUCAAUCCACCUUUGAGGGCACCCAGGAUCUAGUUCCCACAUGUAAAAGUAGCUGCAGACUCUUUGGGUUUUCAUUGACAGAGGGAAAACAUGUUGCAAAUACUGAGAACUCCACUCCAGCUUCGUCCCCAUUGAAUCCUGGAGCUUCUUUUCUGCCUCAUGUUGGGGACCAGUUCCAUCCCAAGCCUCCACUGAUGACCAAGGCAGUUGGAACCGCUUGUACCAAAGAAAUUCUGCAAUAUUUUCACAAGAACUAUGAUAUCUACUAAAGGUGUAGUACUGGUCCCUGAGGUUGCAGAGGAGGAUGCCUGUAGUUUGCUCAGAUUGUGUUCUGCCAUUGGUAUUAAAAUUAUAAAUUAGCCUGUGAGGAGAUAAUUGUAAUUAUAACCUCUAGGCAACUUGAUUGUAUCUUAACUUCAAGAACAACUUGUGUUUCUCUAUUAGUUUUCUUAUGAUCGCCUAAAAUGAUAUGUUUUAACAUAUCAUAUUCUACGAAAUUGGAUACUUUUAUGGUGGUUGGCUUUUAUUUGUCAAGUUGUUUUAUCCUUUGUGAA